UACUAUUUUUCCUCUGGAACGUAAAUGCAGCAUCAGUGAUGACGUCGUUGAAGGAAGACGAAGAUGGCGUCCGGACAGCAAUGGGUGUUGGUGGAAAUGGUGCAAGCGUUUUAUGAGGCUCCUGCUUAUCACUUGAUUCUGGAGGGGAUCCUCAUUCUGUGGAUCAUCAGACUUCUGUUCUCUAAGACCUACAAACUGCAUGAGACCUAUAAACUGACAGAGAAGGAGAAGGAGGACCUGAUUGAGGAGUGGCAGCCAGAGCCUCUCGUUCCUCCUGUUUCCAAAGACCAUCCCUCCCUCAAUUAUGAUGUUGUCACAGGGCCUCCCAGCCAUAAAAUCAUAAUCAAUGGGAAAGAGUGCAUUAACUUUGCAUCAUUCAAUUUUCUGGGUCUCCUCGACAACGAACGGGUUAAGCAAAAAGCUUUGGCAUCACUCAAGAAGUAUGGUGUGGGCACAUGUGGUCCAAGGGGCUUCUAUGGAACUUUUGAUGUUCACCUGGAGCUGGAGAGUCGUCUGGCCAAAUUCAUGAAAACAGAAGAGGCUAUCAUCUAUUCUUAUGGCUUUGCAACUAUUGCCAGUGCAAUCCCUGCCUACUCCAAGAGGGGGGACAUCAUCUUUGUGGAUGAAGCAGCCUGCUUCUCCAUCCAGAAGGGUCUUCAGGCGUCUCGCAGCUUCAUCAAAUACUUCAAACACAAUGACAUGGAGGAUCUGGAAAGGCUGCUCAAGGAGCAGGAGCUGGAGGACCAGAAGAAUCCUCGUAAAGCUCGAGUGACCCGGAAAUUCAUUGUUGUGGAGGGGCUGUACAUCAACACUGCAGACAUCUGUCCUCUCCCUGAACUGGUUAAGCUAAAGUACAAGUACAAGGUGCGGAUCUUUUUGGAGGAGAGCAUGUCUUUUGGUGUGCUGGGAGAACACGGCCGAGGAGUCACCGAACACUUUGGGGUCAAUAUUGAUGACAUUGAUCUGAUCAGUGCCAACAUGGAGAACGCUGUGGCCUCCAUUGGAGGAUUCUGCUGCGGACGCUCCUUUGUCAUUGACCACCAGCGUCUGUCGGGCCAGGGCUACUGUUUCUCUGCCUCCCUGCCUCCAAUGCUUGCUGCUGCUGCCAUAGAGGCUCUCAAUAUCAUGGAGGAGGAUCCAGAUAUUUUUACUGUCCUGAGGGAAAAGUGCAAACAUGUUUACAAGGCUUUACAGGGAACUCCAGGUCUGAAGUUGGUUGGUGUGCAGUGUGCCCCUGCUCUUCACUUACAGCUGGAGAGAAGUUCAGGCUCCAGAGACUCUGACAUGCAGCUGCUUCGUGCCAUUGUAGAUUAUUGUUUGGAAAGACGCGUGGCUCUGACCCUUGCUCGUUACCUGGAAAAAGAGGAGCGUUUCCUCCCCCCUCCCAGUAUCAGAGUGGUGGUCACUGUCGAACAGACGGGGGAGGACAUCCAGAAGGCCGUGUCUUGUAUCCAAGAGGCAGCUGCAGCUGCCCUCAAAUGACCAUGCACUGUCUGACAGUGCUGAGACUGAGCAGACAUCACUGGAGCUUUAGCAGGAGUCCACUCAGUGGACAGGGUAGGAAAUCACUGUGAGGGGGACACUCCUGACCAGACACUCUCAUCCACAGACUAUGAGCCCCACACACUUGAUGUGUAAUGAGGACUUUACUGAUAAAACACACCUUAUAUCUUCUAGCCUUGACUUUGUCUCUUAAUUCAUUGUCUCUGUCUUUGUUCUCAUGUGUCAUCAUAGUGAUAUAUGUACUACAUGUUUAUUGCUAUGAAUGUAAGAGUGGGCUUUCAGCAGGACUGUUUGCAGUUGACUUCCUGCUGUGAAUGAUAAUGACCCUCAUUCAGUAAUAAAGAGAAAGGACUGCAGUGAGAACUAAACAUAAUCUCCACAGACCAAAUGAUUUGUUGCUUUUAUGUGCUGACCAAAGAGAAGCCAUUGUGCUCACUGUUUUAUUUAAAAUGUUUGCAGUCAACUAGUGCAUGAACUGUACAUGAUGGUUGUCAUUUCAUAUGCCACCAGCUCUUUUACUACAAAUACAUUUGAGUUUUACACCUUGAUUUUUUUUUGUUCUUUGUUUUUUAGUGGAUGCUAAUUCUCUGUUGUUUGAGCCCAUUCCAUUUUGACCACUUUAAUGAAAUAUAAAUAUAUCUGAUUUAAAUUAAGUUAUGGUGUAUAUGUGUUUUUGUGGAAUACCAUCCAUCUGCUUUGGGUUAAGACAAUUUGACAGCCAUUUCAUGUUUUGAUAAGACCGCAACAGGAUGUCUUUUUUUAAUUGUGGUAUUUCCACAACAUGACCUGGAUUUAAACAAAUACAGUAUUUCCUGUUGGUAUAAGAUUUUCUAGGCAUUUUUUUGUAAACUAAUUGCUAAAAUAGUAUACCAUGACAAUAGAUGGAUAGAUUUGGGACACAGCACCCCUCGCACCUCCAGUUCAUAACACAGCUUUCUGUCCUACGUGUUCCUCUGACUCGACAAAGCUCCCCCAGAGCUACAGAAGACAUUACACAUUAUUGAAGGCUGAGUGUUACUUUUCAUUACCAGUAAUCUGAUCUCCAUAUGUAAAAUCUGCAAAGUUCUGCUUUCAGUAAAAGUACUGAUAGAUUCUCAGGGAGGUGCACUGUAAGUGUCUUAACUAUACAUUUUCAUUAUGCAGCAGGAAGGCCCCUGUCAGUAUUUAUUUUAUUUUUUAUUUAACCAGCAAAAAACUCUUGAGAGUAAGAAUCUCUUAUUCAAGAGUGUCCUGGCCAAGACGGGCAGCAGCAUACUGUAGGUUACAGACAGACAACAUAGAACAAAAAUACUAAAUAUGUAGCUCUAAAACAAGCAAUAUAAAACACAGAAUGAGAUUCCUACAGAGAACAGCCAAAAAGUAAGUUAAUAUGUGCUAUAAGUGAACCAUGAAAAACAUAAAACAUGGGCAACUACACAAGAUUACAAAGACCAGCUAAAAUACACUGAUAAUGGCAUAUAGAUGAUUGCAUACAGAAAUCCUGUAACAGAGCUUUGAAAUGUCCGAGAGGAACCAAUGAGUGCAACUUAAAGUCCUUCUACAAAGGAUUCCACACAUAGGGAGCUGCAUACAUAAAUGCCAAUAUUGUGCAUCCCGAUAAAUAAUUAAAUAGAACAGAAAAAAGGAAAGGAUGCACUAUUACUCCAACAGAAUGUUAGGGGCAAUGGGAAGGUUUAAACACACCAUAAUACAUAUUUUAGGAACAACAUAAAAAAAGAACUUAAUAAACAAAAUAGAGAAAAUGUGAAUAAUUAAGAAAAAGUAAAGAAAGGGGGUUAAUGAUCAUUUCUAAGACCCUGGCUGUCUGACAAAUGUAGUGAAAUAAAGGUAAAAAAAAAAAACAUCCUUAUGAAAUGUGUAGUUAAAGGAUAACAUGACAAAACCCAUUAAGUCUGAAGUAUAAAUACCUCAUAACUGUAUUUAACUAGGCUGAACACUUUUUGGUGUAUUACCAAGAAAACCACCUAAAACUAUGAAGACUAUCUUGAGUGUUACUUUAAGAACUUGUCAUGGGUCUCUGCUGUAUUUUAAUAAGGAAGUAUCUUCUCAAGUAAAAUAAUUUAGAAACUUUAGACCUUCAAACACAUCAAGAACCAUGAUUUCAAUCUGAUGAUGUUCCGGUGAAAUGGGACACCUGCUAAGGUAAAGUGGGACUUUCAUGUUUGUUUGUCUUUUAAUGGUUAAAUCCAGUAAUCAGUUCAGUUAUUAAUUUAUUAAAUCAUUCAUGUAACCUGUGGCUAUUUAUUUAAAAAAGGAUUGUCCAACUCUUCUACCAUGCUUUCCCUGUACUUUUGCUGCCUGUUUCCUUGGUGCCAUAUUGUCUACAAUAGACGUGUGUGUGUGCUUGCAUUUGUGUAACACUGAUGGCCAAUUCUGAAACACUGUGGCUGACAUGGACUUACUGCAUUAUCUUUAUUGUUUUUCUUUUUAAUCUGUAUUGUUUUUAAAUGACAAAAUUAAUGAAAAUGUCUGUAAUAUGACAGGAUGCCACACAGUAAUAUAACUUGUGAUUUUAUGGCAUCUAGGAGCCUAAAAACACGCUGGUUUACACUGUAAACAUCAAUUCACCCAUGACACAAAAUUUAAUGUAAAGUUUACACAAAAGCCCAGGCUGUCAAAAAUGAUAUUAAAACUUUAUGUUAACUUGA